CUAAUCCGCCAAGACCAUGCCAACUUCGUGGAGGACCGGACUCCGAUUUCCUGUGUUGCAGUUCUUCGGAGCCGCUUCUAGAACUGGGAUCAACGCUUUAGUGGCGUCUUAACGCUCCACGUGUGGCCGCUUCUCAGCUCGGGCCCACCACCAUCCAUCGAAGCUUGAAGCGAAAUAAUUCUCUUGCGCCUCAUUGCAUUUGUAUCACAUACCUCAUUUUCUGCUUUACGGCAGAUCUACCGACGGGCGACUUCUGGAGUCUUUGCGCUCGUCUUGUAUACACAAAGCUCCCGUCUCUGCACCUCGGUGACUCCACACCGUAAUCCAGCAAUAUUCAGCAUUGUCACCAUGUCGAAGGUUACGCAUAUCAACGAGGACCGCGCUCCGGUUGCAGAUGACUUCGAGGUCUCACCCGCCACGCCUGUAGAGCGUGUCACUGUCCGUCCCAAAGGUAGCGCCUACUCCUCGCCCGGCGGUUCCAGUGGCGCAUCUGCUUCCCAUAGCAGGCAUGGUGAUGUCGAGCUGGUGGGCGGUCCUGCACCCGAGGAGCAACCGCCGAUACAGACCACUGCGCAGGAGCUUGAGCGCAAGAAGGGUGGCAGGUUUGCCUUCCUCAAGCGUCCUCAAUUCUACGUCGUCUUGUUGCUGUCUCAGGCGCUCGCCGUCACGCAAACCGGAACCAACACGCUUACUACGCUGCUGGCCAUGGCCGGAACGUCGAUCCCAGCAUUCCAGUCACUCUUUAAUUAUAUAUUGUUAGCCCUGAUUUACACUUCGAUCACCGUCUACAAGUACGGCUUCAAGGGCUGGCUCCGUAUGAUCAUCAAAGACGGAUGGAAGUACUUCAUUUUGGCCUUCCUUGACGUUCAGGGCAAUUACUUCACGGUACUGGCUUACCGCUACACUACUAUCCUCUCAGCGCAAUUGAUCAACUUCUGGGCUAUUGCGGUCGUCGUGGUGAUCUCAUUAGUCUUCCUGAAGGUCCGCUAUCACAUCGCGCAGUACGCCGGUAUUCUCGUCGCUUGUGCCGGUCUAGGCCUGCUUGUUGCUUCGGACCACAUCACCGGCUCCAAUGGUGGCCCAGCGCUGAACGCGGUCAAGGGUGACUUAUUUGCACUUGUUGGCGCGACUUGCUAUGGAUUUUCGAACGUUGCUGAGGAGUUUCUUGUCAGCAAGCGACCAAUGUACGAGGUCAUUGGCCAACUCGGUUUCUGGGGCAUGUUCAUCAACGGCGUUCAGGCUGCUAUCUUCGAUCGGUCAUCCUUCCGCUCUGCUACAUGGAAUGGACAGAUCGCGGGUUAUCUUGUCGGAUACACCUUGCUCCUGACGUGGUUCUACACAGCAGCACCCAUCAUCUUCCGCAUGGCUUCUGCCGCUUUCUUCAAUAUUGGGUUGCUGACUGGCAACUUUUGGGGUGUCAUCGUCGGGCUUAAGAUCUUCCAUUUGCAUAUCCAUUACCUGUAUCCCAUCGCAUUUGUGCUUAUCAUUGGCGGACACUUCGUCUACUACGGAACCGAGGGCGUUCUUGGCGAAGCGAAGAAGCCUUGGUUGGGUGAAAACCAGGAGGGCGGUGACGACGGCCUUGGUACGGCGAGAAGGCAGCUUGAGAACCCUAAUGUGAUUGUUUAGCCGCAUAGCGUUGGCG